CAUCAAAUUGUCAAGGUGAAAGCCAUCGAGAUAGUGGAAGAUGACGAUGACGUUCCAUUAGAAUAUCUCUCAUCUUCGUUACUAGUUGAGGCAUUUAAUGAUAUGCCACAAAUACAAACGAAUAUCACUUUAUUAACAUCGCCGAAUCGUUUCAAUCGAUCAGAUUUAUCACAAGAUAUUUCAAUCGCAAAUUUAAACAGAGCAUCUACAGAUGACAAAGCUUUAAUAGUUACCGGAUUCAAUCUUUUGACCAAACGACAAACCUCCUUAAAGCGACUGUUGUCAUUUUUGAGAGAAGGUGGUUAUCUGUUAACACGCGAGAAACGCGACUUAUCUGACUACAAGAAAUACUUGCAUCAGUACGAAUUAAAUGUUAUUCUGGAAAAGUGCACCGAUAAAGAAACAAUUGUGCUUCUGAAAAAGAAAGUUUUUAUAAGAAAAAGAACUGUUGUCUUUAUAAAUAAUGAUAAUUUCAAUUGGCUGGAGGAUAUAAAGUCGCUUGUGAGCGAUGAGAACAAACUCGAGAAGAAUAGUAGAAUUAUAAUUGUUGGAGAGAGAGAUUUUGAAUGCGGUUUGUUGGGUUUUGUGAAUUGCUUGAGAAAAGAACCUGGCGGAGAA